AUGCGUCCGACGGCGCUGGGUCGCACCGGUCUUGGGAUCGUCGUCUGCCUUUCCGGAUGCAUAGUGUAUUCGCUGUGGAAUGGUGAGGAUGCCCGACUGUCCAUCUCGCUAUUUGCAAUCUGGGCGCUGGGAUAUAUCGCUCGACUAUGCCAUGGAGACCGUCAACUUACCACCGACUGUUGUAUUUCUUGGAUUUGGGUUGUGUGGCUGAAGAGAAAAGAUGUGCUAGGGUUUGUGAGCAAGAGAUGGAAUGAUGGUGCUAGGUGGCAGGCUGAUCUUGCAAUGGCUAUCCUGGCUUGUGUCGCAAUUGUUCUAUGGUUUUCCUGCAAGAAAGAGAUAAAGAUGCAGGACUCGUUGCCAAAAACCGCGGGAAAGUGGAUCAGGGAGUUUCCAAAAGCCAAGAUAUUUCCCUGUAGGACGACGCAUGCCCGCAUCUUUCCUAAAAAACAUGCUUUCAACUAUUCCUAUCUACAAGUCGGCUUCCCAGUAAUCCCCGAGGCGAUCACUGCGGGAGGCUUGCACAUAUCUACAGGGCAAGAUCGUACGCUGGGCAGUUGGUGGUUGAAUAUCAAGGCUGAGGAUUACCUGGACCGUGGCAGCGGCGACUUGGGCUUCUACGGAAAGCUGAAGAUGUACCUUGGAGACCAGCAUGUCAAGGAUACAGAAUGGUGCUAUGCUUACCUCGUCACUGCACCACGAUUCUUCGGCUACGCUUUCAAUCCGGUGUCAUUUUGGUACAUCUACGAUGCAGACGACCAGCUCAAAAAGAUGAUCCUCGAAGUCAACAAUACUUUCGAUGAACGGCGCAUGUACCUCCUCGAUGGCUCGAGUCCACCCAGUCCGCCGCGAACACUAGAGUCAGAAGGAUCUCAUGAUGGCUCCGGAUUAGAAGUCGGGGAGGAACCAAAGUCAAGAUUCACAGAUGUCUGGACGAAAGACUUCCAUGUUUCGCCGUUUAAUUCGAGGAAAGGGAGUUAUGCGUUGAAAGCUUUGAAUCCAUUUCCGGCUGUCACGUCCGACGAUCCAAAAAUUGACAACACGAUUACGCUCAAGUCGAGCAGGGGCCAUGGGAAACUUGUCGCACGACUUUUCUCUACGGCCAAAGCUAUUGACCCGGAGACCAUAGGGGUCCUUGGCAGUAUACGAUUCGUGGUGAGCUGGUGGUGGGUUGGUCUCAUGACGUUCCCACGAAUCGUGAGAGAGGCAGGCAAACUCUUCUUCAAGAGAAAGUUGACAGUGUUUUUCAGACCUGAGGUCCAGGCAUCGAGUAUAGGGCGCUUACCAACUGCUUCUGAAUUAACACUGCACAAGGUCUUCAGCGCCUAUCUUCACGACCUCGUCGCCCAAACCGAGGAAAACUUCUGCCUCACCUUUCGCGCAGGCAUACCCAAUGUCGCCGUCGAAAUCAUCACCACGAAUCGCGAACAUACACCUGAUCGGCCAACUAAGAAUCUAGAGAUCAGAGUCCUAACACCAGCUUUCUACUCACGAUUGGUACACUAUGCGUAUACAUCUGAAGCUAUCGAUCGCGAGUGUGUCUUCACCGAUGAGCGCAACCGGACGCUUUGGCUAUGUCGACCGCAACUCUUGCCGCUAUUACUGUCAUCGGCGAAGUCGCUCAAAAACACAGACGAGGGGCAAAGAGUGGUGAAGAGAAACUAUCUCUGUGAGCUGAGAUGGGAACUGCUGAAGCGACUGAGAUGUGCUCCGCCGGAUCCUGUAUAUUCCGCUACACCUCAGAGUUUCACCGUGGACGACAUUCGCUCACGGCCAUUCUCAGAACUCGACAGAUUUGUGAGGAGUGAGAAGGGGCGUGAGUUUGCUGGUGAUUACCGACGAGUUGUUACCAAGAUCUUCUUGGCUCAUAGGUUUGCGUUUGGGUUUUCGGAGGGUGUCGAGGCUGUGGAUCUGCUAGUCAGAGUACUCCUGGGCUGCUUUGCUGUUGUUCCUAUCAUUCAAGGGGGUGGAAGUGGUAUAGCGUUGCCAGGAAAGUGGCCAGAAAGUGGGCUGAGUCAGAUGCAUUGGAGAUGUCCAGAGGAAUGUACAGUGGGCUGGUGGUGGUUGUUUUGGAGCACUACUGUUGUGCUUUCUUGUCAUGCCUAUCAGAUGUUGAAGGGGUACAGCAGCACCCGUCUCUGCAUGCGCAAGAUUUCCCUGUUCGCGCUCUGCGUCAGCGCGCUUUCACAUGGCAAAGAUGGGGAAAAGGACCAAGGAACGGUGGAACAUGUGAAGUUGCACAGGGUCGCGCGUGCCGUCAUGGUCGAGCAACUCAUUGAGGCUGAGCUCUCAGCAUGGCAUGGCCCGUAUCGUAUGCACAACUGA